UGAGAUGCGAGUUUGCAACGCCCUGCGGUUGAUUGAAUAGGCAUGAGUUUUGAAGACAUAAACAAUUUUCUGACAUUUUUAUGAUGUACUUCUUUACUUAAAAUAGUUAGAAUAGUGCACUUUAGAAGCACUUACUUUUGUUCAUCCCUGCGCGCAAAAGGGAAAUCUGAUUACAUUUGACGAUGGGAUUACUACCCUUGGAAUUUACGGACUGUCUUACCAACAGUCCGUAUUUUCGUGAAAAUCUGCAUGCUCACGAAAAAGAAUUGGAAAGAACCAGCCAGUCAAUCAAAGUACUAAUUAAAGAAGUUAAAGAUUUGCUUGCAGCUGCUAAGCAACUAUCCAGAGCUCAAAGAAACCUUGCAAACACAUUGAAUAACUUUAAACUGGAAUGUAUCGGAAGCAGCCAAACGGAUGACGAAAUGGUCAUAGAUGGAGCUUUGAAAGAAUUCAGUAAUUUGCUCAAUGCCAUAGAAGAUGAACGUGAUAGAAUGUUAGAACAAGCUCAAGCUGCAUUUAUCGACCCUAUUGAAAAUUUUAGGAAAGAAUAUAUUGGAGGAGCAAAGGAGAGGAAAAAGAAAUUUGACAAAGAAACAGCUAAAUUUUUUCAGUCUCAAGAUCGACAUUUGAAUUUAUCUACAAAAAAGAGCGGAAACCAGUUACAAGAAGCUGAUGCCAGUUUGGAAAUGGAGCAACGGAACUUCUCCCAAGCAUCGCUAGGAUAUAUACUUUUUCUGCAGGAAGUUCAAGAACGAAAGAAAACAGAGUUUGUCGAAACGAUAUUGAGCUUUAUGUAUGGAUGGCUCACAUUCUAUCAUCAGGGACAUGAAGUGGCAAAGGAUUUUAAAUCUUUCAUGACAGAUCUCCAGAAACGAUUGCAAAAAACGAGAGAAAAUUUCACUGCUACUCAAGCUGAGGCAGAACAGUUAAUGAAAAGACUUUUAGAAAAACCUUUGGAUUCUGGCUCUUUAAACAAAAUGUUCACCAGGCAAGGAUAUUUAUACUUGAUGGAAAAGAAGGCUUUAGGCACAACAUGGGCCAAACAUUUUUGCCAGUAUCAGAAAGAAAAUCACAAGUUCACUAUGAUACCAUAUUCGCAAACAACGGGCAAAAUAGCUGCUCCAGAAACAUACAUUUUGAAAGAAUGCAUUAGGCGAAUGUCAGAUUCUAUAGACAAGAGAUUUUGCUUUGACAUAAUAGUUGAAGAUAAACCUGGUGUCUUAACUUUUCAAGCCCUCUCAGAAGAAGAUAGAAGGUUAUGGUUGGAUGCCAUGGAUGGAAAAGAACCAGCAUAUAGUCAUAUAAAUAAGCAACCAAAACAAGAAGAAUAUUAUCUUGAUGAGAUUGGAUUUGCUUUUGUGCAACAAUGUAUAGAUGCUAUAGAAGCAAGGGGUUUGGAUGACGAAGGGUUGUACAGAUUAGUAGGUGUGAGCUCAAAAGUUAAUAAGUUAACCCAAAUGGCAUUAGAUCGAAGAAAAAAUGAAAAAAUUAAUUUAGAAGAUGCUGAUGAAUGGGAAAUUAAAACUAUAACCAGUGCUUUAAAAACCUAUUUUAGAAACCUUCCAGAACCAUUAAUGACAUUCCGGUUACACAGUGCCUUCAUAGCAGCAGCAAAAUUAGAUAAUAUGGAUGAAAGGAUAUCAGAAAUCCAGUCGCUUGCCCAUCGACUUCCCAAGCCAAAUUUUAGUAUGUUAGAAAUACUUGUUGCUCACCUAUGCAAAGUUGCAAAACAUUCUGACAAAAAUCUCAUGACAGUUUCAAACUUGGGUGUGUGUUUUGGUCCUACACUUUUGCGUCCGGAAGAGGAAACUGUUGCGGCUAUUAUGGAUAUCAAAUUUGGAAAUAUAGUAUUAGAAAUUUUAAUAGAACAAUAUGAAAAGAUAUUUUUGUCUUCAUCUAUAAAUGGUGAUACAAAAAAAGAGAAUAUAAACUCUAAAAAUUCUCAGAAAUCUACUUCUGUAUUACACCAUGGCACAAUAUCAAGUGAUAAUCACAAAGAGCCAGUCGCACCACAACGAAGAUCUAAAAGAGAAACUGUUUAUGUUAUGGAUGCUGGAAGACCACCUGGGCAAUCCAACCAUUCAUCUCGAUCAUCUCAUUCCGGAUUCUCUGUUUCUCCUCGAGCAGAAAGUAUGUACCUGGACAAUUCUACAUCUGCUCAGCGUGUUAUGGUAGUUCAGCCAUCUUAUGUUCAACGUCAGUCAUACCACUCAAUGAUGUCAUCGUCAGUUCAGGGACAUUCUUCAAUGACUACGGCAUCAACACAAAAAUCAUAUUCUUCAUCUUCAUCAUCACGUACCACACAACAAUCAUCCAGCAGGUCUCAGCAUUCUGUUUCUUCAAAUGUCAGUUCUAACCAACAGUCAAGGAAUGUUGUUCCCCAAAGAAACAGAGGGAAGCCCUUAGUGGUUUACAACCCAUCAUGGAAUGACCACCAUACAUCGAGUAGCAGCAGCUCAGAAUCCUUAAACUCUCCUCGUUCUUCUGCUAACUCAAGUCAUCAUAUGCUGACACAUACAUCCCCCUCUUCUUUGAAGUCUAGCUCCUCACAUCAUCAGCCAUUGUCUCAUGGAUCUCCACCAGUUCGUACCAGUUCUUCCCAUCACCAACUGGCUACACAUUCUGCCCCAGCGUCAGCAUCUCACCACCACCAUCCAGCUUCCAACCAAUCUAUUAAAACUAGUCCAUCUCAACAUCGAAGGAUGGAUAAAUCUUCUUAUAGCCCAGCACAUUCACCGAACAGAGCCGGUAGCAGGUCUACUGAAGGACACAGAGGAGCAGGUGUUGCUCCAGUUGGAGUGGGAGCAGAAAAACCCAGACGUAGUAAUAGGGCUUUAGAUGUUGUUGGACAUCAAAGGCAUGGUUCUGCUGGUUCAAGAGAAUACUUCGUCAGUGGAGUUAGGCAAAAUAAUGUGUUCCCUGCUAGUCCAUCAACAUCAUCAUCAUCAUCUUCAUCUUCUAUUCCCUCUGGCAAUAGCAGAAGAUAUCGCACUCUGUAUGCUUGUGUUGGAGAAAAUGAUUCAGAAUUAUCUUUUGAACCAAAUCAAAUUAUAUAUAAUGUGCGACAAUCAAGGGAGCCUGGUUGGCUAGAAGGUUGCUUAAAUGGGCGAACAGGACUUAUACCAGAAAACUAUGUUGAACCUCUCCCUUGAUGAGGUAGAACACUGUAACAUUGAAUUUAAAACCAAGUACAUUAUAAAAAUUCUAUGUUUAUAUAAAAUUUGAAAAUAUAUAUAGGGACAAAUUUCCAGGAAGAUAGUGAGAUUGAAUCUGUAUAUAAUCAAUUAUCAAAUGGAGAUGUGCAAAUAUAAAGUGGAAUAUUUAUGCUCUUUGAUGCUAGAUGCUGUCUACAAAAUUAUUUAAAAUAAAAGGUCACCUUUUUAUUUAUAAAGAUAUAUUUUUAUAUCUUAACAAAUAUCUGAAUCCUUGUGAAUGAAUGUCAAAAUUUAUAUAAACUUUGAGACAAGUGUGAAAUCACUUCAUUUCUGUAUGCAUUUGGACUAAGAGGUUUUUAAUUUUUGAAAGAAACAGUUAAAAGAUACAUAAUUCAUGAAUAUUUCUAUGUAAAUUUAAAGUCUGCUUUUUUUUUAACUUUGUGAAAUUUUUUUAGUAUAUAAAGUAAUGAUUGUAAAUUUUUAUUUAUAGUUUUUCAUUAUUAAGAUAUUUUCCAAGUCAAUUCUUUGUUUAUAAUACUGCUAUCAAAUGCAUGAUGGUCAUUAUCUUUAUUACAAAUUGAUUUUAUCCAAAGAAGACAACUUUUAGUGAAUAAAACUUUCAAUGAAAUAUUUUAGAUAAUGAAAAGCUAUGAAGGUUGUUAAAACUGUUAGUUUAAUAUGCAGAUAUUCUAACUAAUGAUGCUGCCUUUAGUAAAUAUUUUCUACCAUCCAUAUAAAUUAAAAUGUAGAUAAUAAAAUAUUUUAGUAAAAUGAAAUUUACUGAACAGUUAUAUUAAGUAUGAAGAAAACAUCUAUUAUUCAUUUAUUUAAAGAUAUCAAAAAGUGAAAUUACUAUAAACUUGCAAGCCCAUUUUAUUUUCAAGCAUAACUACUGUGAUCUUUUCGAAAUGGUGAGAUGUAUGAUUGCAAGGUCACAUGUGCUGAAAUAUCAGUAACUUGUGAAAACAAAUAAUUUAGCACAAGUGAUAGUAAGCAUUUUUUAUUUGCAUGUAAACUCGCAUUAUUAUUUGCUUUUUCUACUAAAAUUUUAUAUUUAGUGUUAAGCAAAUGGAAACAGACAACACCGUGAAAAAGAAGCAAUGAAUUUUUUUAGCAAAGCAUCAUUUUUCUCACAAAAUACUAUGUAUGCUUUUUCAUUCUGUAGGUCAAAUAAUUAUAUUUUACUUAAAAUGUCUGCAUCAUAAUUUUAAGAGCAAAAAUCAUAAAAGUAUAUUAGGAGAUCUUGAAAUAUGUUUCAUUGAAGGACACUCUUAAGUUUUGAAGUAUUUCACUGCAUGUAAUCCCCCCCCCAAAGAAUAGCAGUUUUUAAUCAUAUUUCGCAUAAACUGAGGAUAGUUAUCUUCAUGGAAUGAUAUGAAAGCAAAUAGUUUCCUAUGGAAUCAGACGAAAUUUGACAGUUUAAUUUUAGAGUGUUCCUGCAACAUAGUGAAGUAGCAUCCAGUAACAUUUUCAUUAUGUGGUUUAUGCUUUAGGUAUUAAAAGCAAAAUGUGGAAAUGGUGAGGUAAAUGUUAGUUGAAAGUGCUUACUGUUGUAUUUCAUAUCAAAGAAAUGCUUAUGAAAUGAAAAUGGAAUUUGAAAAAUAAGUAAAAACUCUUUAAAUUUUAUUUUGUUCUCUAAUUAGCAUAUUCAAUUCAGAUCUUUCAUGUUUAACUGUAUGUAUGUAUGUUCGUAAAGAAUUUUGCUGUGGUUUUUAUCUUUUAAUACUUCACUAGUAAAAAUAUCUGUUUCUCUUAAGUUAAAAGAUCAGAGUUCUUUAAAAAAAUGUCAUUUUUAAAAAAUAUUCACAGUUUAGGGCUUUCGUUUUGUAGAGAAGUAGUGUGUUAAUUUUAAUUGAACUGUUGCCAUCCGUCAAUAAAUAAUUGUUUCUGUCAAUCUUUUGAUAACAGGAAAGUAAAAUAGAGGAAUUUGCCUGAUAUAUUAUGGCUAAGUUGCAAGAAUUUUUAAACAGAGAAACUUUAAAGCUUUUUAAGAUUCUUUGGUGCAUUCCAGAAGUCUGUUCAUUGAGAUAUUGAGUUUUAUGUCGUGUGCAAGCGAUUACUGUACUUUAGAUAGUAACAUGAAUUAUUAAUGUCAAGAUUAAUAUUUUAAUUAUAGUCUUUCAAGUACUUUCAUUUUUUAUGUAUGAAAAAUCAAAUCAAUCCUUAGUUAUGGCAAUAUUUUGUUACUAUAUUACUUAAUGACACUAAAUUUUUAUGUUAAAAACUUCAGAUAUUACUACAUACUGAAUGACUGUAAGUAUUUAAUUUUUCAAGUGGAAAUUUAUUAGUAAUUUUAAAGAUUAAGUAAUUCUAAAAGAUUAUCAUCCUUGUGAGCUUCAUUUUCAUCAAUUUUUGUUCAUUUUUCUUUCACAUACCAUUAUUAAUAUAUAAAAUAAUUAGUUUUCUGUUUUGAAUUUUGUAAAAAGUACAAUGUAAGAUUAGACUACUUUUGGGGGUUGAAAUAUUUUAUUUUAUGUAUUAGAAUGUUUAAGUUGCAAUGAAUAAUGUUGUAAAGCAUAAAAUUUUAUUAGCCUUUGGAAAUUAGCUUUUUUUUUUUCCCCUAGUAUUGUUAUAUAUCAUUAAUUCAGUAACACUGAAAACAUUUCUCUUUUUUAAAUAUGGUGAGUUCAACAAAUAUCUUUCUUUGUUUUAUUAAGUGUAUCUUUAACUAAUUUACUUCAUGUAAGUAGUAUUUACAUAUUUUUAAAAAUUGUGCUUAAAUACUGAAAUUAUGUAACAAGGUCUGUGUAUCAUAAUUGUAAAUUAUGAAUUUUUUUUACUUGAAGAAUACAAUGGCUCAUAUGUAUGAAAAUUUUUUAUUCUAACUGGAUUAUACUUCAUUAGGUUAAAUCUCUGGAAAUUGCUAGUUUACAUCUGCAAGUAAAAUGUGGUUAGUGUUAUAAUUCUUGCAAUGGUUUUUGUGCUUGAAAAAUCAUUACCUUUUGUAAACCACAUAGUCUAAGGUUGCACAAAACUAGAACAUUUUUAUUCAUUAAUAAAUUAGUAUUUAAAAAUGGUUCUAUGGCUACUUUAUCAGUGUAAAGAUUAUAGUUUGCAAGUGCAUUUGCAUAAGAUACAUACACAAAUAUUUAAAAAUUAGAAAGCACUGUAUUAGUUGAUGAUAACAGAAUGAUUUUGUAAAAAUUGUAAGAACAUAAAAAUAUAAAAUUAAUAGCUCCUUUUGUAUCUGUAAUCUUUUGUUGUAAAUAAUCCUUAUUAUAAACUUGCUUUUAAUAUUGUGAGUGUACAGAAUUAUAAUGAUAAAAAGUGCCAUUUGUAUAUAAUAAUUGAAUCCAUUUUAUGAAGAAUAAAUUUUCUCAUGUUCAUCUUUGUUUCAUAAUUUUAUGAUGUUUUUUAUUAAUUUGAAUAGUUUAUAUAUGCAACUUUGUAUUAAGUUAAAAUGUUUUAUGUGCUUAAUGAUUGCAGGCAAUCGAUUGCUUGAUGUUAACUUCAGAAAAUAUAAUUUUGUGGUGUUAUGUUUUUUAUAUGUAUAAAAUAACUUGCUGUUUUUUUGUAAAAACAUCUUUGUAUAAAACUUUGAAAAUUAAUAAUAAUUAGAAAUAGUGAAUAGUGCUUGAAAUGGUGAUUUGUAUAUCAGUAAAAACCUUAUUACAACUAUAACACAGAAUGUUACCAAUCGCUUAUGAAUUUCAUUUACAUAUCAUUUCAUUGAAGGCAAUUUUGAUUCUGUAAUAAAUUUAACAAUAGUAAAUCAGGUACAUAGAUAAGACAAAAAUUCUAAACCAUCAUAUUUAAAAAAAAUUCUUAUUGCAAUCUUAGGUAAAUUCACUUUAUAAUUAUUCAGUAUUUAAUUAUAUGUUGUGCAAAUAAAUUACAUUUGAUAUAAUUUUCAUAAUGAUGAUUUUCUCAGAAUUUUUUAUAUUCCAUUUUAUUAUUAUUUUCAAAGUAUAUGCAAGUUUUAAUAUCAUAAUCAGUUCCAUUUGGAAAGAAUUUUAGAUUUUCUUAUCGAGAAAUAUAAUACUUCAUAUUUUCUGCAGUUAUAAACACCAAAUUAAAUAAAGAUGUGUCUUUUCAUUAGUUUUUAUAUAGAAUUUCUCUAAUAUUUUAGGAAAUUCAAUUCUUAAAUCAAAAAUAUACUUGUAAUUGAAGUAGAAAAUGGCAAGUUUUCAUUAUGUUAAGUUUUCAGUGUAAUUAAAUUAGUGUAUCAUGAUGGAUUCUGUGAAUUUAGAAAACCAGUGAUGUUAGGCGGUAUAGUGUUUGACAACUUUUGUGCAAUUUGAGAUAAAUUAUAACAUUGUGUAUCUUUGUGUGUGUUCAAUAAAUGAUAAAAUUAUAUAUUUGUGUUUUAAAAUGAAUGUUCUAUGUAAAGAUGGACAGAAUAUAUUUUAUCUCACAUCCUUUCAGUUAGAAUGAAUGUGAAUAUUUCUUAUGCUGUAAAUGUAAUUUAUCAAAUUACAACUUUGGUUAAACAUGCACAAGCUAAAUGUUAUUCCAGAUGGAUAUUUUUAUUUUUAAACAUAUGAGCGUAUCAUAAUACUGCUUUCUAGUACCAUAUCAAUUUUCAAAUAUUAGCCUUUUAUCUAAAAUGAACAUAUUGCUCAAUGAAUGAUAGUAAUAUUUAUAAAAGAUAUUUUCAUUGGGAUACCUAAAGUUCCAUUAUCUGUACUUUUUCUUUUUAAUAUGGUAUUUAAUUUUGCUAUUAGCUUUAUGCUCCAUAUUAUACAUAAAUAUAUACAUUAAACAAUAGUUUAGCUUUCUAAAACCGUCUUAGAAUUCAAAAAAAUUCUCGUCCACAAAAACUGACCACACAUCGUAGAAUUGCAUGAAUAACAUUUCUUACACACACAUAUAUAUAUAUUUACAGCAUUCAGCUCAUGAAUCAUUAGCUUCCAUAUUAAGUGUAUUAACUUUUAAUAUAGAGAUAUUAGUAACAUAGAACAAAUUAUUACAUGUCAUGCUUAAAAGAAUUUCAGUGCUAUGAAAUUAAUUAGACUUAAUGCACUCUUAGUCAUACUUUUAAUUUUUAAAAUUAAUUCUUUGUAAGAACUUUUAAUUACAUCAGAAUGCUUGUGAUAAUUUUGUGCUAGAAAUAGUUUCCUUUAAACUUUAAAAAAUUGAGUUUUUCUUAUUUCAUUUUAUAGCUCAAUGUUUAGAUGCAUACCAUUGUUUUAAGAUUUAAUUUGAUUAAACUGUUAAAAAUGCAACUUUAAUUACAUUAUUUAUGAUAAUGUAGCAUAUGUAAAUUAUGGUAUUGUAUGAUAUUUAAGUGUUUACAUAUUAUAAAAAGAAAAAAAUAUAUUUAUUUUAAUUUUUAUUUUUAUUUUAAGAUUGAAGUAGAAAAAUAUUUCUGUAAAUGUUAAUAAAAUAUGUAUUACUAAAAUAAGACUUAAUUAAUAAUUUUUUAAUGAAAAGUAUCAAAUUGUUUGUUCAAAGUAAAUGAAAUGCAAAUUUCAUUUCAAUAUACCAGCAAAUUAGAAGACAUUUCAUAUGUAGAUUUGCACAUAUAAUGUCCCAUAUGUAUUAGACUUAUGUGCUAAGAAACUUGUGACUACUGAUUUUGUGUAAUAAACAUUCAGUACAUUUUGUAUGUUUUUUAUAUAAGCAACACCAAACUGCAUUUUCUUUCUUAAACUGCAAAUUGUUUUAGAUCUGUGUAAUCUAUUUUUAAAUAAAUGUUCAUUUUUUAAACUCACUUUGUUUGGUACUAUAAAUAUUAAAUGAAAUAGAAGUGUUCACUUUACUGUGUUGUAAGAAGAUGUUUGUAAUUUCAUUGAAGUAAAUGUAAGUCAUAUCCAGGUAAAACAAUCAUUAAACAGAGAAUAAUAUCGCAAUUGUUUGAAUUUAUAGUUAGAAGAAAAUCUUUAUAGUCAGUGUCAGUCUUUUUUUUUUUUUUUUUUUUUUUUUGAGUGAGAAUUAAUUGCAUUUAUUAACAUAUCAAUUUUGCCACUCUAAUAUUUAAAUAAAUAUUUCAAAGCAGAAACUAUUGUAAGGUUCUUUAGAUACUUUCUACCAAAAAUAUCUGAAGAAUCUCAUAAAAGAUAUUGGCCAUAAAAUGCUAAACAUGUUUAAUGAUGUUCAACAUUUUAUGGUUAAUAACUUUUAUAUAAUUUGCUUUCUAGAAAUUUACAGAUAAACUCUUUGCAUGUUAUACAGAUUUCUCUUUGUUAUUCUAGUAUGGCCUACAAUCCAAUCACGUCUAUAUUGUUUAUCAUGAAUAAUAAAGAAUGUAUAGUUAUUACGGUAGCUGAAAAUAGAAUUUUUUUGUACUGAUACCGAAACUUGUAUGUAACAAAAUGAACUAAAUUGUAUAAUAUUCAAAUAUUGAGUGAUCUAUUUUAUUCAAUGUAAGAGAGUAUUUAUCUGUGUACAAAGGGACAGGCAACUUACUAAUUUAGUGUUGUGAAGAAAAAAUGUAUCUGGAGAGAAGAUUAUGCAUAACUGAAUAAAGUUAACACUCAUGUUAUGUAAAAGUGUGAUGAGAUCCAAUGUAUUUUUUAUUUUAAAUAUCUACUGCCAAAAAGAAAGAAAGUAAACUUUAUAAAUAAUUGUAGAAUGAACAUCUUUUAGAAGUUCUGAAAAUGCUGAAUAAAGUAAUAGUUGAUCACA